GCGGCACCAAGCGAGAAACCACCGCGACGAAACACUCGAAGCCAUGUCGGGAGCACUAGGACUGAGGCAGCAGGGCGUAGAGCUCGAGAGCAUCAUGCGCAGCGUCGAGGGCGUCGAGCGCAAGACGCGCAUUUUUUGCACGUUGGGCCCGUCCUGUUGGACCGAGGAAGGGCUGGGCGAGCUCAUUGAUGCCGGCAUGAACGUGGCUCGCUUCAACUUCUCGCACGGUGAUCACGGCAGCCACGCCGAGACGCUUAAUCGUCUUCGCGCCGCGCUGGCCUCGCGUCCCCACAAGAAUAUCGCCAUUAUGCUGGACACGAAGGGCCCCGAGAUCCGUACGGGUUUCCUGGCCAACAAGGACAAGAUCACCAUUAAGAAAGGCUCCACAGUCGAGCUCACCACGGACUACGAGUUCCUGGGAGAUGAGACCAAGAUCGCGUGCUCGUACCCGGAGCUGCCACAGUCUGUCAAGGUCGGCGGCUCUAUCCUCGUGGCCGACGGCUCUCUGGUACUCACAGUCACGGAGAUUAAGGAAGAUGGUGUGGUGACUCGGGCCAACAACUCGGCCACCUUGGGCGAACGCAAGAACAUGAAUUUGCCUGGCUGCAAGGUAAUGCUGCCCACGCUCACGGAGAAGGACGAGGACGACCUGGUGAACUUUGGUCUAGUGCACGGCGUGGAUUAUAUUGCCGCCUCCUUCGUGCGCACUGGCCAGGAUAUCGACAACAUCCGUCAGGUGCUUGGUCCUCGUGGCCGCGCUAUCAAAAUCAUUGCCAAAAUUGAGAGUCAGGAAGGGCUUGAGAACUUUGAUGAAAUUUUAGUCAAGACGGACGGUAUCAUGGUUGCUCGUGGUGAUCUGGGCAUGGAAAUCCCGCCUGAGAAGGUGUUCCUGGCCCAGAAGAUGAUGAUCCGUAAGGCCAAUAUCGCUGGUAAGCCCGUAGUGACGGCCACACAGAUGCUGGAGUCGAUGAUCAAGGCUCCCCGACCGACCCGUGCCGAGUGUACGGAUGUGGCCAACGCCGUGCUUGACGGUACUGACGCCGUGAUGCUGUCGGGGGAGACUGCGAACGGUGACUACCCGACGGAAGCCGUGCAGAUGAUGUCCAAGAUUUGUGUGCAGGCAGAAGGAGCCAUCCACUACAACGAGUUGUACCAGGCUCUGCACAACUCGGUGCUUGAUACUUACGGCCAGAUGGACACGCAGGAGGCCAUCACGUCGUCGGCAGUAAAAACUGCUAUCGACAUUAACGCCAAGAUGAUUGUGGUGCUGACGGAAUCUGGUAACACAAGCGCGUCUGCCCUGGGCGGAACUGCUCGCCAGGCUGAGGGCUUCAAUAAGGGAGUCACUGCACGCUGCAUGGGAUCGAUGAUCGGCACGGACUCGAUUUUGUUUCGCGCCACGGAUCUGGGCAAGCAAUUCGGUUGGGUGAAGCCAGGAGACAAUGUUGUUGCUCUGCACGGCAUGGUGGAAGCUCGCUCGGGCUCGACCCAACAUGCUCAAGGUACUGACUGUGGAAUAAACAGACAACGGACCCACCAACAUGCUCACCAGGGACAGUGUUGAGGCAACAUAACCAAAAGAAACAAUCCCUAAUCAAGCAUGAAGCUCCAAUAAUCAAUGCAACACUCCUGUUUCACAUUUUAA